AUGACACAAUUUCCUGAUAUGACACAAUAUCCGGAUUGGGAAAUAACAGGAUUUCCAGAAAAUUCGGUAAUCUCUAAUUAUUCAAGUGCUUUAACAUUAAGUAGCGAACGCUACCCGAACCAAAACAAAUACUAUGAAGCGAUAGAAAUCAUUGUUAACACCACAGGCACUUACAGUUUCAGAAGUUCAAGUCAAAUAGACACUAUGGGUUACCUGUACGCUGGUGAAUUUAAUCCAUCGAAUCAAAAUCUGAACUUGCUAACACAAAAUGAUGAUUAUUCUACUAGUAAUCAGUUCAGACUGAUAGCUUAUUUAGAGGCUGGUGUUACAUAUACAUUAGUUGUUACAACUUUCGGCUCGGAUGUAAGGGGUGCAUUCACAGUUAUUGCUCUUGGGCCAAGUUAUGUUGACUUCUUCCCAAUAAACGUUACAGACACAACAAUGAUAAUGCCGUCUGUAACUGAGACAACGUCUGAAGGAUCAGUAGAAUUCGAGCAAUCAACAGACUAUCCAGAGAAUACACAAUAUCCAGAUUGGGAAAUAACAGGAUUUCCAGAAAAUUCGAUUCUCUCUUAUUAUUCAAGUGCUUUAACAUUAAGUAGCGAACGGUACUCGAACCAAAACAAAUACUAUGAAGCGAUAGAAGUCAUCGUUUACAUCACAGGCAGUUACAGUUUCACUAGUACAAGUAAUAUGGACACUUUUGGCUAUCUGUACACCGGUCAAUUUAAUCCAUCGAAUCAAAAUCUAAACAUGCUAACAUACAAUGAUGAUUCUGGUAGUAAUCAGUUCAGACUGAUAGCUGAUUUAGAGGCUGGUGUUACAUAUACAUUAGUUGUUACAACUUUCGGCUCGGAUGUAAGGGGCGCAUUCACAGUUAUUGCUCGUGGACCAACUUAUGUUAACUUCUUACCAAGAAACGUUGCAGACACAACAAUGAUAAUGUCAUCUGAAACAACAACAAUAGCAACAAGUACUGAAGCCAUAGUAGAAUUCGAGCAAUCAACCGAAUAUCCAAAUUGGGAAAUUACUGGAUUUCCGGAAGGUUCUAUUUCUACCAGUUAUUCAGGUGCUUUAACGCUCAAUAGUGAACGCAAUCCCAACUCAGGGAAAUACUAUAAGGAGAUCUCGGUCAUUAUUUAUACCACAGGCGUUUACAGUUUCACAAGUUCAAGUAGUAUGGACACGUUUGGCUAUCUAUUCACAGGCAUCUUUUAUCCAUCUGAUCCUAGUCUCAACUUGAUAACAUCCAAUGACGAUUAUCCUGGUAGUGAUCAGUUUAGAUUGAUCGCUUAUUUAGAGGCUGGUGUUUCAUAUAAACUGGUCGUUACAACGUUUCCUAUUGAUACUACCGGACCAUUUUCAAUUACUACACUUGGUCCAGAUCGUGUUAGUUUUUUACCAUAA